AUGUCCGUUAUUAGAAUCGGUAAUUAUAGACUUGGAAAAACUCUGGGCGAGGGAUCUUUUGGUAAAGUCAAAUUGGCUGAACAUGAGAGCACAGGUCAUAAAGUUGCUGUCAAAAUUCUCAACAGACAGAAAAUUCAAAACUCCAAGAUGGACAAAAAGAUUAGAAGAGAAAUCAAAAUUCUCAAAUUGUUUAGACAUCCACACAUCAUUCGGUUAUAUGAAGUUAUUGAAACAAGCACAGAAAUCUUUCUUGUGACGGAAUACAUCGGAGGAGGAGAAUUGUUUGAUUACAUCGUGAAGAGAGGAAGACUAUCUGAAUCAGAGGCCAGAAAGUUCUUUCAACAAAUCAUAUCAGGAGUAGAAUAUUGCCAUCGUUAUAUGGUCGUUCACAGAGAUUUGAAACCCGAAAAUCUUUUGUUGGAUAAUGAUAAUCAAGUUAAAAUUGCAGAUUUUGGAUUGUCGAAUAUCAUGCAUGAUGGCGCUUUUCUCAAGACAUCUUGUGGCUCUCCUAAUUAUGCUGCUCCUGAAGUAAUUACCGGUAAAUUAUACGCAGGACCUGAAGUGGACGUGUGGAGCUGUGGUGUUAUUUUGUAUGCACUUUUGUGCGGAAAAUUACCAUUUGAUGAGGAUAAUAUUCCUACUUUAUUUAAGAAGAUUAAGGAAUGCUCGUAUACUAUUCCAUCUCAUGUAUCUCCUGAGGCUAAAGAUUUAAUUCAAAAGAUUUUAGUUGUUGACCCAGUUCAACGUGCUACAAUUUCUGACAUUAGAAAACACCCUUGGUUCGUUAAAGAUCUUCCUGAUUAUUUGAAAAUCCCUCCAUCCAAUUUUGGACAUGCUAGUGAAAAUAUUAAUAUUGAUGAAGCAGUUGUUCGUGAAGCACUGCUAAAAAUUUCUGACAAGAAAACCAUUACCGAUGAAGAGAUGCAAGAGGCCAUUAACGAUAUCACGGAUGGCAAAAUGAAUCGUGUAACAGUAGCUUAUUAUUUAAUCCUUGACCACAAGAUAAAAUCUGCAAUCAAGGAUCAAUAUAUGAAAAUCAAUGAAAUGCAACUGAAAAAGGAGACUUGCAAUGUGAAUAACAUUCAAGCAGUAAUUAACCCAUGGCCUGCACUCAGUAGCUCACCUCCAACAGGUCAAAUUAGUAUUGAAAUGGUUUUAGAUCCAAGAGGAAUACUUCAAGAAGAAGAGUCUACUGUAAACUCCGCAGACAAGAACACACCUGUAAACGUUAUUGAUGACCUGCGAAUUGAUACAACAGAUGUUCACAAAAAGUACCAUCUUGGUAUUAAGACUAACAGAAAGAAUGCUCAAGACACAAUGAAAUGUGUGUACAAAGUGCUAAAGAAGAUGAAUCUCAAAUGGAAGAUCAUUUCUGAAUACAAUUUGAAAUGUAAAUAUAACCAUCAUGUUGAGAAAGAUGUUAGCGUGGGAUUACAAGUAUUCAAAUUACCUGAAGGAGGAUAUCUUGUUGAUUUAUUUAGAUUAGGAGGAAACGUUUUCCAUUUCCACGACACUUGCCAAUUAUUCCAUGAUCUAUUUGACAUUGAGGAGAGAAACGACAAUAUUGCACUAACCUCAGGUGUUGCCAUGGUCACCAAUCUCAAUACACUGCCUCAACACUAA